AUGUUAGGGGCCCGGCUCCGGCUCUUGGUCUGUGCCCUGGGCGGUGUGUGCAGCUGGUGCGUGGUCCGAGCCUACCCCGACACCUCCCCGCUGCUCAGCUCCAGCUGGGCUGGCCUGACCCACCUGUACACGGCCACCGCCAGGAACAGCUACCACCUGCAGAUCCACAAGGACGGCCAAGUGGAUGGCACACCGCAUCAGACCAUCUACAGUGCCCUGAUGAUCAGAUCGGAGGAUGCUGGCUUCGUGGUGAUAACAGGUGUCAUGAGCAGGAGGUACCUCUGUAUGGAUUUCAGAGGCAACAUUUUUGGAUCGCAUUACUUUGACCCCCAGAACUGCAGGUUCAGACACAGAACGCUGGAAAAUGGGUACGACGUCUACCACUCUCCGGAGCAUCACUUCCUGGUCAGCCUGGGCCGGGCCAAGAGGCCCUUCCUGCCAGGCAUGAACCCGCCACCCUACUCCCAGUUCCUGUCCCGGAGGAACGAGAUCCCCCUGAUCCACUUCAACACGCCGAGGCCACGAAGGCACACCCGGAGCGCCGAGGACGCCUGGGAGCAGGACCCGCUGAACGUGCUGAAGCCCAGGUUCCGGCUGACCCCGGCCCCAGCCUCCUGCUCACAGGAGGCCCCAAGUGCUGAAGACAAUGGCCUGGUGGCCAGCGACCCCUUCGGAGUGCUCCGGGGCAAUAGGGUGAACAUGCACGGGGACAGGAUGGGCCCGGAAAGGUGCCACCAUUUCCCCAAAUUCAUCUAG